AUGGCGAUGACUGGUCAAAUCGGAGUACCUAGUGCCCUGACCGCACUAACAGGGCCUGGAUGGGACUUCCUGGACAGUGAUCCAAGCUUUCCAAAUCCCGCCCAAGAAGCUUUUCGACAUGCCGUCCGCUUCUUCGAGUCAAACCUAACCCAAGAUGAAUGCAAAAGGAUAUGGCUUCAGGAGAAGACAUCAUUACAAGAUGUGCAGAAAGCUGUCCAAGAAGCCAAAGAGGCAUACGAUUCGUCAAAGCAUUCGAGGCCCAGAGAGUGGCUAUCUAAGUUGUCAUACCGGGUCUUGUUCUACGGAAAUAUCCUAGAUGUCUUGAGCCAACACCAUCCAGAAUACGUCUCGCUGGCUUGGGGGGCUAUCAAGUUUGUUUUCAUUGGCGUCUUGAACCAUGAAGAACUUCUUCACGAACUAUCAAAAGCAUUGUGUUAUAUCGCAGAUACGCUACCGCAUGUAGAGCUUAAAGCCGUACUCUUUCCCACACCACUGAUGAAGACUUUGGUAGGGACUUUGUACGCACACAUCAUCAACUUCGUCCAAAGAGCAGUGAAAUGGUACAAAGAAGGGAAAAUAAAACACGCAAUUACAUCUAUCACACGCCCUUUCAGGCUCCGGUUUCAGGAUCUAGUCGAUGAGAUCCGAGAAGCUUCACGGAAAAUAGAUCAAUUAGCAGCAAGUCUAAGCUUUGCCGAACAAAGGCGAAUGCACUCGAGGCUGCAGGAUACUUACGCAAUAUUGGAAGACAUGAAAAGAGUCAUGGAAUCCUACAAUGCUCUUAGCCAAGCCCACCUAAUUGACACUAAUCGCCGCGUUUGCGAGAUCCAGUUCUCUCAAAUACUGACUUUUGUCCACGCCUCACCUUUCGAAUCACCCGAAGAAAUCAGGCAUUUCUAUACAUCGGUACGCAACCGCCACAGGCAAAGAGAUAAAUUCUACUCAGGCAAUCUCCAAGCCACCCCCGGCCUGAGGGACUUCGGUACAGGACCUACAUCAUCUCAAAUCAUUGUCAGCUCAUCCUUCCGAACGCGUCACCUUGCCAAAAACUUUGCAGUAGACGUGAUUGAUCACCUCGAUUCGACCGAAACACCCGUGGUCUGGGUCUUGCAUAAGCCGCCGUUCGAUCAUGGCGAACGAAAACCGAUCACUACUAUUGAAGUAGUGAAGCAAUUGGUCUACCAGAUCUUGCAGAAGAAUCCCACCCUAUUGAGCGAGCGCUCACUCUCGCUCAAUGCCGUGCGCUUUCAGAGCGCGAGGACCGAAAACGACUGGUUCGCGUUAUUAGGCUCCGUUCUAGCUGGGUUAAAGCAUCUAUACAUUAUCGUCGACACGGCAAUUUUCAACGAUAUCGAGGAAAAACAGCUGGCAGCAAUUUGGCUGGAACAUUUCAGAAAGCUCUUUAAGGAGAUCAGAAAUAGAGCGAGCUGCACAGUGGUUAAAGUAGUGUUUAUCAAUUAUAAACCAACAUUUACCCAGGGGCUACCAGAGGAGUACCAGGAUAGCGUCGUGCGUGUGUCGAAGAGGACGGUAGAGAGAUCUAAGGAAUAUAGGAAAUUGAAAAGAAAACACGUGAGGGCAAAAAGACUCCAUGUACCCGAAGACACUAAGGAUUGA